AUGGUCCUCCAAGUCCUUGGGGAUGUUUGGGCGAAAUUGCGGCUCUGGAAGGACGAGGACCCUCCAAUAUCCUUCGUCGUCCUCCCAGUCGAUAUCAUGAACCUCAUCUUCGACUUCCUCCAAACUAACGGCACACCAAACGAGCAUCAACUCGUAGACUUGUUGUCGUUGUCGCUUACUUGCCGAGAUUUGCGCUUCUUGGUACUACCGCGCCUUUUCCGCAGGAUAAGCAGCGAUAACGCAAGUCGCGACUCAGUGUGGCCAAUUUCGCUCUGGCCAUUCUUCCGUACUCUCCAGCUGCACGAUAGAGACCAAAUCAUCUUCCUUUCCUCCGGAAUGCUCUCCGCUUUGUCGAGCAUGCCGGCCGUGACAAAAAUUGUGUUGUCGACAAAAGCGGUCGUGCCCGCAGAGUUUUUUGUGGCAGCUUCCGCUAUCGCAACGCUACAAGUUCUAGAACUGCGGAAAGUCAGACUGGACGGGCAAAUGCCCUCUGUGCCACUCACCUUCCCGUCUCUUUCGAACCUCGUCAUCUCCAUCGUUGGACCACAAGGCGUCACUCGUGUUGCGGGUAUUGAUACUGAACGCGAAAAAGAACGCAUUGUUUCUUUACUCACAAUUGUGGCGCCGCAACUCGAAACGCUGGCUAUCUCUGGAGAACUCCUUUCACCGCCGAUAUGCGACCUUGCAUGGCCGAAACUACGCGAAUUCACCGUCACCGAGCACACGCCCAUACCCUAUAUUCCAACUCCUCGACUUUUAGCACACAUGCCAGCGCUCCAUUCUCUAGCACUCUUAUAUACGAUGGACAUAUGGCGCGAUGAAGUUGCGACGUUCAAGCUCGGCACAUCAGUCCAUGAUCCACUCAUAAAUUGCUCUCCCAAUCUAACCGCUGUCACUCUGAGCAACAUGGGUUUGGAUGACCCCAUUCUCGACCAAUUACCCCCAUUGUUAGAUGGCUUAAGCCUUGUGCCAAUGUGGGACCUGCACAAUCACUUGCCCUACCACAACGCGUUUGGUGAGGUUAGAUUUUUUCGAGAAGAUGCUAUGAAUCUUGUGCGCCGUCUCUCUAGAUUCAACCACCUCACGAAAUUGGAGUUUCUGGUCCUCCAACAACAACCUCGGCCACCUCUGAUCGACUUGGUUGCAACGUUGUUCCCUGCUCUGCAGUCGUUGCAUCUCGGCUAUAAUGUCUACAGAGCAGCUGACGUUUAUCUCAUUGAGAUGAGUGAUAUGACCUUUAUCUCUUCAUUGCGUGGAAUACAGAAUCUACGACAUCUGAAAUUUUCUCUGGACAUUUACUGGUCAGAGGCAGACCGCGGGGCGCCGGCAACAGCAGCAUACAUACUGCUCCAACAAAUUCCAACCCUGCAAACGGUGUCAUACAGAUGGAGACAUUACUCCAUGGCCUCGCGCAGCGGUAUUUGGUAUUCAUGGGACCGGAGUGUCCUGUCGAAUCCAAUACCGCCUCAACUGCGUCUAGCGCUUUCCGGCAGAGAGGCAUAA